AUGCCUGCACCGACAGCACUGCAAAGAGCACCGGAAGAACUGGCCGAUGAGGUCAUUCAAGAUGCUCUGCCAUCCACAGUAGAGGACGAAGUCGUUCUCGUGACCGCCACCAACGACCAGUCCACCGAAGAUGCAGAGAACGAUGCAGCCAUGGAGGUAGACGCCGAAUCAGGCGCUCUUUUCGCACCAGAAAAGCCAUCGAAGUCACGACACAGGGUAGAAGAGCGCAAAGUGCGAGUACCACCGCACCGCAUGACACCUCUCAAGAACGAAUGGACCAAGAUCUACCCUCCUUUAGUCGAGCACCUCAAAUUGCAAGUCCGAAUGAACAUCGCCAAGAAAGCUGUAGAACUUCGCACAUCUUCGCACACAACCGACACAGGCGCUAUUCAGAAAGGUGCAGACUUCAUCGAAGCCUUUUGCUUGGGAUUUGAUCUCGACGAUGCAAUCGCACUUUUGCGACUGGACGACCUUUACAUUCGAAGUUUCGAAAUCAAGGAUGUCAAGAAUCUGGAGGGCGAGCACAAAAGCCGAGCGAUUGGACGUAUCGCGGGCAAAGAUGGCAAGACAAAAUUUGCGAUUGAGAAUGCGAGCAGGACAAGAAUUGUGCUUGCGGAUCAGAAGGUGCAUAUUCUGGGUGGAUUCAAGAAUAUUCAUAUCGCACAAGAGGCGGUUGUGAGCUUGAUUUUGGGAAGUCCGCCUGGAAAGGUGUAUGGGAAUUUGAGGACUGUGAGUGCGAGGAUGAAGGAGAGGUUCUAGACAAGUUGUCAUCCUGGAAAGAAAAUAUUCAUCUGGGCCGGGAAAAAUUGUUGGGAGUUGAUGUCAAUUUAGCGAUGGCGUACGGCGUUUCUUGAGGACUGCAUGCCGAGAAGGCCAUGAAUAGAGGAACGAGAUACCACGAAGAAAGUACGAUACGCCGUAGACUGGAUCACUCUUCUUG